AUGCCAUUUUCGAUUGCCGAGAAAAAUGGUGUAAUAGACUUGCUACAAAAUGAAGAACAAAACGUCCCGGUAUUAUUGCAAUUGGCUAAAACGGUAACCAAAAAUGUUGUCAGUACCACUUCAACGGAAGAGGCACUGGAAUAUAUUUUUACACACACCGAUGAUUGUUUGACACUACUCAACAAAAAGGCCAUAACCAAGGAGAUACUAUUCAAAUAUUUGCACAGUAAAAAGGUGGCACUGCGGACUGACUUCACCAAAACAAAUCUUGUGAAAAAGGUUAUAGAAUACUGGAAUGAGACGGGGGCAAGGGAACAACAGCAGAGCUAUAGCCAGGAGUCUUACGACGAAACAUUACACUUCAUAGUUGAUGAUCAUCGUUUAGAAUGCACAGAUGUAGCGGUGGUGAGCAAUACAAGCUCGGCGCAAUCUUCCACUACAUUAUCUGAUGCGUCUGAAUUCCCUAUAAACCUGCUGGCAAGGAAAUUUUCCGAAUGGUUCUUCAACAACUACAAUCAAAGGACUUUGAAACCUCAAGACUUUUGGCCUGAUGCUAGACUUAUGCUACAGAUAACAGCUAGUGAUGGUUGCGAAAUUCAAGACUGUGAUAAUGCCAUAACACUUUUAGAAACACUCUACGAAGCUCAACAAUUAUUUGGGUUUUUCUUUAAUCCCAACCUAACACAUUCGGGUGUUCAAGGACGUAUGGAUAUUCACGGUCUGGUCUUGGUUUUGGCAUGUGGUACACUACACACACAAACGGAUUGUGUGGGUAUAUUUGAGUGUACUUUUGGUUUAAUGCGUGAUCCAUUUUCGGAAAAUAAUUGGAAAACAAAAACCAUACAGCUGAUGUUAAGGAGUAAAGGAGCACCUAGUAUACCAUCGUUAGAGGAGAGUGAUACAUUGAAAGAGGCAUUAACGUUACCAGUUCCAAAAGGAGAUUUGGGUUAAU